GCACUUUAGACCUUUCUGGCCUUAGUCUAACGAUAAUGCCUCUCAAGUCCGAUAUUCACAUCAAUGUUGCAUAGUUUGAGCCAAGCAACACAUCGGCAGGUACAGCUAAAGCUAAUAAGGAUUUGAUCAACUUGCUGAGAGAUGGUCCGAAAUGGUUUGAGGUUUGGUUGUCAGUCUAUAUGUAGCUUGCUCAUUACUUAUUGCUACUUCCCAGAUGGGUGCUUCAAAAUAUCGCGAGACGAGGGAUGCAGGCAAGACUCCCAUCCCAAAGCCCAAGCUCUUGCCAGAUGGUCUCGACAUAGAAAUCCCUUCUCGUGAUAGUGAUCGAGCGAUCCCUUGUCGUUUAGUGUAUCCAUCUUGGCGCAAAACCAUAGAGGAAAGAAAGAAGACAAGAGCAAUUGGAUAUCUUAUACAUGGAGGUGGAUGGGUUCUUGGUGAUCAACAUUCUGCUGAUGUACUCCUCCAAUUUUGUGCUGAUGCUGGAGACCUGGCAAUUGUGUCAGUUGGUUAUCGACUUGCUCCUGAAUUUCCUUUUCCAUGUGGUCCGAAUGAUUGUAUUGACGUGGGAAAAUACUUGGUCAAAAAUGGAGAAGGAGUUUUAGGUAGCCCAUUGAAAUUUAUUGGGGGAGAGAGUGCAGGUGCUCAUUUAUCCUCACUUGUCGCUUUCCAUCUUCUCAAACCCCUUCCUGACUUUAACUUGUCCGGGCUAAUUCUCCAUUGUGGUAUAUACGAUCUCACAAUGCUUCCCCAAUGUCGAAACUUUCUUCGUCCCAAUUUAAUACUCGACCAUAAUUUGAUGCGUAAAUUCGUCGACGCGUUCCUCCCUGAUAUGUCUGACGAACGAAAGAAACAUCCUCUCGUAUCCCCAUACUAUGAAGAUCUCGAGAUUUUCAGAGGACGAUUACCAAGUGCUCUUUUUACAUGUGGUACAGAAGAUCCGUUGCUCGAUGAUUCGGUGACUAUGGCUACAAAGUGGAUGAUGGUGGGUGGGGAGGCUGUGGUUAAAAUUUAUACCGGGGCCCCGCAUGCGUUUAUUAACUUGAAGGAUCAGUUGAAGGAGGCCAUUGAUGCACAAGAGGAUACGAAGACUUGGAUCAAGGAUUGCAUAGCGAAUUUGUGAUGGUGUUGGGUGUGUGAGAAGGGUGGGGACUGUGUCAUGAGGGUUCGGUGCUUCUCUGAGAUGAAAUUGAAUUGGGGAGUGUAAUGAGGGUGUUUGUAUUUGGAAAAAUCGGGGAGAGGUGUUGGCGGAGAAAUUUUGUUUCAAUAUAGAUUGGAUUGUGCAUCUUUUCUAGUCGCACUUGUUCUUUCCCUUAUAUAGCUCCCAAUUUCCUCGGUCACUGAAUAACGUAUGAAGAAAUAAAUGUCUGUGGCCUGGAAACUUAUGAUCUUAAUAUUUUCUGGUAGUUUUGGUGGUAUGUUGAGCUACCAAACAAAAACUUUCAAUAUGACAUUCGUGUUCUACAACCUGGAUAUGUUUUCGGAGGCGCGUUUGUUGCGUAUCCUUGGAAGUGAGGGGAUGGCUGUUGAGAUGUUAUGUCUGUCGACUAGUGUGUAAUUUGUUGUAUUGUACUUAGAGAAUAUGAUCUGGAAAUUACA